AUGUCUGAUCUGGAGAAUACGUGUUCACGUAAUGAAUCCUAUGAUUUCACAAGAUAUGCACUGAUCGUCUAUGUUGGAACUCCAAUAGCCAUUGCUGGAGUUAUUUGUAAUUUCUUUCUACUGAGGUUAUUCUCGAAGACGCGUUCUCGUAAAUCCCCAACACUUUAUCUUUUAGUUUUGGCUGUUUUAGAUAUGUUAAUGGAUCUUCUAUAUAUCCCUUUUUUUACCGUUGAUGCUCUGGCUAUUUAUCAUGAAAAUGAGACUCUAUACCAUUUAUGGCAUGUUUAUGCCAUGUUCUUAUUUGGAACAAGCCGAUUGGUUCAAUUUGCUUCAACGUACAUCAUACUCUGUGCAACUAUUGAGCGUUUCAUCGUUGUAGCUGAGAUAUCUUCAUUAGAUUUCCUUAUUACAGAGAACGGACGGUACAUAACGAUUAGCGUUGUGCUCUUCGCUGUAUUCUUACUUCGCUUGCCAGCCUUCUUUGAGUAUUACAUAACAUAUCGAGCAGAUUGUCCAAUUUACAUGAGCUAUGAUUACGUUCCGUUAUUAGCGGGAUGGGAGCAUUACCAACUGUUCAACUUCUAUGUCAUGACUAUUCUUCAUAUUUUCGUACCAUUUGCUAUACUCCUACUACUCAACAUCUCCAUUGUGGCUGUCACAAAACGAAAACUGCGAGGUAUUGGAUGGGCUGUCACAACAUUCAUCGACAUGCCUAAAGUAUCAGAAUUAAUACGGAAAGAAUCGAUGUCUUCAUCGAAAAAACGAAGAGAUGAACUUCGUUGUGCGACAUGGACUAUGGUAAGCAUUGCAACAACAUACUUAUGUUGUUCUUCGCUAUCAUUCUUUAUAUCUGUUAUGGAGAAUAUCUUUACGAACAAUACACUUCUUAUAAACGAGGAUGGCAGCAGUACGACAUUCUAUACAUUAGCCUCAGAUGCUGUCAGCAUUCUAGUUGCAGUGAAUAGUCUUCUUCGUUUAUUCGUUUAUCUCCUUUGCAGUCCAACUUUCAGGACACAGCUUUUGCAAGAAUUUCCGAUUUUCCAUUUGUGCAUAUGUUCGUGGCAUAAGAAACGUGUGGAGAAAGUUGAUGCCAAAUACCAAAACCUAGCAUAUCAAAACUUAAUGAUACCUUGUCCACAAGCCGAAGUUAUAUGA